AUGACUUCGACAUCAACAACACCCGCCAACCCGGCAACACUCUUCAAGAGCCCCGUUCGUGCGGUCUGGAAUGUCCAGGGCGAGAACGUCCCUACGCUCUGGUGGCCCGCCAAGGGUCAGCUUACCACUAAGACUGCUAAGGGAGCUGAGCAGCCCGUUCAUACUGUCCUCUUCAUGAUCCCUGGCAAUCCUGGCCUGAUUGACUACUACAUCCCCUUCCUCCAGACCGUUCAUGACAAAUGCGACGGCAAGAUCGACAUCUUUGGAGCAUCGCAUCUCGGCCACUCGGCAGGAAACCAUGUCACGGACACAUCGAAGAUGUACACGCUCGAAGAACAGGUCGAGAAUAAGAUUGCAAUCCUGGAUCGACUCAGAGAACAGUACCCUACAGGAACUCGAUUCAUCCUAGCGGGACAUUCAAUGGGUUCCUGGUUGGCACUUCGUGUCCUCAAGGCUCGUCCCAACCACGGCAUCGAGCGUCUAUUUGGACUCUUCCCGACCAUCCAUCGGAUCGCUGAUACCCCCAAUGGCCGCAAGAUGCAGAACUUGUUCAAGCCUUCGGUCCGAUCAAUCGUUGGAGGCACCGUGAGCACACUCCGCUUCAUCUUUUCUGCUCCCCCCAUCCUACGCUCCAUCGUCUCCCUCCUCACCGGCCAAGAAUCCGACAUGGCUCAAGUCACAUCCCAACAACUCCUCCACAGCUCCGUCGUCAAGAAUUGCCUCUUCCUGGCAGGCCAGGAAAUGGAAGCCAUCAAGGUCAUGGACAAGGAGACCAUCAAACAAAACGCGGACAAGUUUGUGUUUUAUUAUGGAAAGACGGAUGAGUGGAGUCCGAUUGAGAACUAUUAUGAGAUGCAGAAGGAGUUCCCGCAGUGCAAAAGUCUGUUGUGUGAACAGGGGAUGGUCCAUGCUUUUGUUUUGGGCCAUGGCGAAGCUAUGGGACUCCUUGUCGGUCAAUGGAUCCAUGACAUGUAG